UGUUGACAGCGGAAGCUUUCUCACGUCGCAAGUCUGUUGUGUUUUUUUUAAGUUAUGAAUGAGUCUACAAAAUCUGUCCUUAAAUGAGCGUGUUUGAUUUAUUUCGCGGGUUCUUCGGAGUACCUGGAGGCCGACGGGACCCCUUUGAUGCCAUGACUCGUGAUGAUAAUGACGAAGAUGGAUUCUCCUAUGACGGCAUCCGGGCGGACCAGCAGGACCCUUUAGACGGUGCCUGGAGGUUUGGUUUCAGCGGGCGCCCCGAUGGGAUGAGGAUGCAGGAGCCGCCCGUGUUUGGCCAAGUCCUUCGGGACAUGGAGGAGAUAUUCUCCAUGCUGGGCCGCCAGGAGGGACAGCCGGAGUCUGGACACUUUGAUGUUCCCGGUAUCGUGCCGCCGCCUCAGGGCAGAGCAGAGAGGGGUGGAGGGGGAUCUGGGGAGAACCCCCUGAGAGAUUUUAUGCUCAAAUCCCCUCAAUACAACCCCCAAGGACCCCGAGCAGGCCCGCCCCGACGACCCAGAAGUGAUGAGCACCCAUCUUACGAGGCACCAGACUUUCCCAGCUCGCCAUUCCAUGGCUGGUCCUCUUUUUCAAAGUUUAAAGACUUCGGGAAAAGAGGCCCACACACAUCUUCAGAGGAAGAGCACAAAGAAGACAGAGAUCUGGACUCUGCAGUGUCCUCGAAGGGCUUGGAUCAGAUUCUGACGCCACCUGCUGGUCCGAUACCGAACCAACCCAGAGCCCGCUCCUUCUUCCAAUCAGUGACAGUCACCAAGGUGGUGAAACCUGAUGGGUCUGUAGAAGAGACGCGAACAGUUCGAGACAGCCACGGCAAAGAAGAGACCACGGUGACCCGGUCAGGAGGUUCUGGUAGCCAAGAGGGACCGCACCAUCAAAUGGGUCCUCCCAUCUCAGAUGGUCGAAAUCCAUUUUCGGACAUGCAGGGCGAUGACUCCUUGUUCUCCAAUUUAUUUGGGAUGUUUAGAUAACGUGGAGUGUCGUCUCUCGACUGGUUGACCGUCGCCUUUGUGCCCUGACAACGUUUCAUUAAAGGAGGGAUUUCCCCAAAGCUGCGAGUUUGCAUAUGUAUAGUUUAUAUCUAUAUAUUGUGGACAGAACACUUGAUCGCCAGUUGCCAAAAUGAACGUGUGGAUGGAUUUGGAUCUCUGGCCUGUUCACGUCACACUGGGCUUCCCGACUCACGUCGACUAGAAGCUGCCAAUCCCGAAGACCGCAUCGGGGUCGUAGACAAGUUCACAAUGACGUAUUUUGUUUUGCAGUUGUCCUGUAGGAUAAGUGUAUGGAUGAGAGUGAGAUAUGUCAAAUAAAGAAUCUUAAUUUAUUUA